AUGGUAACGAUGCUGCUUGAUCUUCUCCAUUCAGGUAUCUCAAGGGACAACUGGCACAAACGCUGCAAGACCGGUGGCAAACGCAAGCCCUACCACAAGAAGAGGAAGUAUGAGCUCGGUCGUCCUCCUGCAAACACAAAGAUUGGACCUCGUCGUAUCCACACGGUGAGGGUUCGUGGUGGGAACAAGAAGUACCGUGCUCUGAGGUUGGAUGUUGGAAACUUCUCAUGGGGCUCUGAGUGCUGCACACGCAAGACCAGGAUCAUCGAUGUGGUCUACAAUGCCUCCAACAACGAGCUGGUCAGAACCAAGACCCUGGUGAAGAACUGCAUCCUCCUUAUCGACAGCCUUCCCUUCAGGCAGUGGUAUGAGGCUCACUACGCCACUCCUCUGGGACGCAAGAAGGGAGCCAAGCUGGUACGUCAAUAUGUGAACUUUACAGUUGGUGAAGGUUGAAAUGCUCACAUUAAC